CGAGGGGCUUUGCUGCCGCGCAUGCGCACUGAGGAACAAAAAUAAAAUUUAGAGGGCCUUGCGUUUCCCGACAUGGUGGGCUUGCGGGCGCCCGGCUAAAAGAAGAGAACGGAUAAGGCCUCGCUCUCAGCAGCUGGAUUCUGCCUGCUGAACCGGCUGAGUGUGAGCAGCCAUGGCCAGCGGAAGCGGCGUGGGAGACCCCGGCCUCUCGCGCAUGAGCAUCGCAUCCCAGUUCUUCGCUGGGGAGGAGACCACUGGCACAGACACCAUGACUACCUCGGAACGGGUUGUGGAUUUGUUAAAUCAGGCUGCCUUAAUCAGCAACGAAUCUAAAAUCACAAUUCUGAAGCAGGUCCAGGAAUUGAUUAUCAACAAAGACCCCACACUGCUGGAUAAUUUCCUGGAUGAGAUCAUUGCCUUUCAGGCAGACAAGUCUGUCGAAGUGCGGAAGUUUGUCAUUGGAUUCAUAGAGGAAGCCUGCAAACGGGACACCGAACUGCUGCUGAAGCUCAUUGCCAACCUCAACAUGCUGCUGAGGGACGAGAACGUCAACGUGGUGAAGAAGGCCAUCCUCGCCAUGACCCAGCUGUACAAGGUGGCGCUGCAGUGGAUGGUGAAGUCCCGCGUGAUCAACGACAUGCAGGAGGCCUGCUGGGAAAUGGUGUCGGCCAUGGCCAGCGAGAUCAUCCAGCUGCUGGACUCGGACAACGACGGGAUCCGCACCCACGCCAUCAAGUUCGUGGAGGCGCUCAUCAUCACCCUUUCGCCUCGCAUGCCUGACUCCGAGGUGCCCAAGCGGCACAAGAACGACAUCAGCCUGGACCGCGUUCCCACAGACCACGCCUACAUCAAAUACAGUGCCUUGUGGGAAGAAGGGAAGGCGGCGCUGGCACAGCUGCUGAAGUUCAUGGUGCACCCGGCCAUCUCCAGUAUCAAUCUGACGGCAGCGCUGGGGUCACUGGCCUCCAUCGCCCGCCAGCGCCCCAUGUUCAUGUCGGAGGUGAUCCAGGCCUACGAGACCCUGCACGCCAACCUCCCUCCAACACUGGCCAAGUCCCAGGUUAGCAGCGUGCGGAAGAACCUCAAACUCCACCUGCUGAGUGUCUUGAAGCACCCCGCGUCCGUGGAGUUCCAGGCCCAGAUCACCACCCUGCUGAUGGACCUGGGGACCCAGCAGGCCGAAAUCACACGCAACAUGCCCAACCUGAAGGAGUUGCGCAAGCGCCCACGGGACGAAAGCGACCCUGCCUUGAAGAAAAUGAAGAUUGAACCGCCCCUCGGAGAGGAUGACGAGGAUAAAGACCUGGAGCAGGUGGCCGUGCCGGCUCCCAAGCCUUCCAUGCAAGUCAGCCCACAGUCAGACACCGACAUAACAGCCGAGUUUCUGCAGCCCCUCCUGACUCCAGAUAACGUGGCCAACCUGGUCCUCAUCAGCAUGGUAUACCUGCCGGAAAACAUGCCAGCCUCUUUCCAAGCUACCUACACGCCCGUGGAAUCGGCUGGCACUGAGGGCCAGAUCAAGCACCUUGCCCGGCUCAUGGCCACCCAGAUGACAGCAGCUGGGCUGGGACCAGGCGUGGAGCAAAUCAAACAGGCCAAGGAGGCAAUGAAAGAAGAGAAAAUGUCCAAGCCGGAGAGCGUGCUGAUCAAGCGGCGCAUCUCCGCGCUCAACCCGGGGCAGGCUAUCUCGGUGGUGGGUGCGCAGAGCUCCACCUCCCCCAGUGCCACGGAGUCGGGAGCCCCACAGGCCAAGCGGCGCCCAGAACCGAUCAUCCCUUCCACCCAGCCCAGGAUGGCUGGUGCCAGUGGCCGCAAGAAGAUUUUCCGCCUGAGCGAUGUGAUCAAGCCUCUCACGGAUGCCCAGAAGGACAAGCUGAAGCUGGCGGCUGUCCAGCGGAUCCUGCGCUCGGAGAAGGCGGUGGCCUGCAGCGGGGCUGCUCAGGCCCGGGUGAAGAUCCUGUCGUCCCUGGUGACCCAGUUCGAGGUCCCUCUGAAGAGAGAGGUCCUGACCUUCAUCCUGGAUGACAUCCGCAACCGGCUGGACCUGGCCUUUGCCUGGCUCUACCAGGAGUACAACGCCUACCUGAGCCAGUACCCCUCUGGCUCGCUCGGCAACUACGAUGAGUGCCUCAUUGGGCUGCUCUCCGGCCUUCAAGAGAAGCCUGACCAGAAGGAUGGGAUCUUCACAAAAGUGGUCCUUGAAGCCCCGCUAAUCACGGAGAGUGCCCUGGAAGUGAUCCGGAAGUACUGUGAAGAUGAGAGCCGGACGUACUUGGGCAUGUCGACCCUUCGAGACCUGAUCUUCAAGCGCCCAUCGAGGCAGUUUGAGUACCUGCACGUCCUCCUGGACCUCAGCUCUCACGAGAAGGACAAGGUUCGCCAGCAAGCCCUUCUGUUCAUUAAGCGGAUGUAUGAGAAAGACCAGCUGCGAGAAUAUGUGGAGAAGUUUGCACUGAAUUACUUGCAGCUCCUGGUCCACCCCAACCCUCCCUCUGUUCUGUUUGGGGCUGAUAAAGAUACAGAGGUGGCUGCUCCCUGGACAGAGGAGACCAUAAAGCACUGCCUCUACCUCUACCUGGCCCUCCUCCCCCAGAACCACAAGCUGAUCCAUGAGCUGGCCUCUGUGUACACCGAGGCGAUUGCCGACAUCAAGCGCACUGUCCUACGGGUUAUUGAGCAGCCGAUCCGCGGGAUGGGCAUGAAUUCCCAGGAACUGCUCAAGCUGGUUAAAAACUGCCCGAAAGGUGCGGAGACCCUGGUGACUCGUUGCCUGCACAGCCUAACCGAUAAAGUUCCUCCGUCUCCAGAGCUAGUGAAGCGAGUUCGGGAUCUGUACAACAAGAGGCUCCCGGACGUUCGAUUCCUCAUCCCUGUGCUCAAUGGCUUGGAAAAGAAAGAGGUGAUUCAGGCUCUCCCAAAGCUCAUCAAGCUGAACCCCAUAGUGGUGAAGGAGGUUUUCAACCGUCUGCUGGGAACCCAGCACGGUGAAGGCAACUCUGCCGUUUCUCCCCUGAAUCCUGGGGAGCUGCUGAUUGCCCUCCACAACAUCGAUUCCACCAAGUGCGACAUGAAGUCCAUUAUCAAAGCCACCAACCUGUGCUUUGCCGAGCGCAACGUGUACACGUCGGAAGUGCUGGCCGUGGUCAUGCAGCAGCUCAUGGAGCAGAACCCCCUGCCCAUGCUCCUCAUGCGGACGGUGAUCCAGUCGCUGACCAUGUACCCGCGCCUGGGCGGCUUUGUCAUGAACAUCCUUUCCCGCCUCAUCCUGAAGCAGGUGUGGAAGUACCCCAAGGUCUGGGAGGGCUUCAUCAAGUGCUGCCAGCGCACCAAGCCCCAGUCCUUCCAGGUUAUCCUCCAGCUGCCACCGCAGCAGCUCAGCGCUGUCUUUGAGAAGUGUCCGGAGCUGCGGGAGCCUCUGCUGGCCCAUGUCCGCUCCUUCACCCCGCAUCAGCAAGCCCACGUCCCGAAUUCCACCAUGGCGAUCCUGGAAGCCAGCAACAAGCAGGACGUUGACGGGAAGGAGUUGCAGCCACCAGAGGAGGCGAGGGGCACUGCCCCCCCCAGGACCAAAGGCCUGAGAAGAGAGAGAGAGGAAGACAUGGAACCUCAGCCCCUCCUGCCUCGUGUGUCCCAGGAUAUGAUUGCCUUGCGCCUGGCACAGGAAAAGGCUCUCAAGCGCCAGCUGGAGGAGGAGCAGAAGCUGAAGCUGAAGCAACAGCAGCCUCGUCCGGCAGCUCCAGCCCCCUCCACCCCCACCCCCACCACUCUUCCUGCAGAGGAGUCAGGGGACUCGCGGGAGGAGGUUCCUGAGGCAGAGACGCCCACGAUCUUCAUCAGCAUGCAGGAGGAAGAUGAGAGCUUUGGUGCAGAAAGCUCCCUGCUGGAUUCCAGUCUGGAGGGGCCCUGGCCCACGAAGGAGCCACAGAGCAAGGAAGGUGCCGCCACCAGCAGCAGCUCAGAUGAGGGAUCAGCAAGCAAGCCACCAGCUGUCAGCCAAGCAGCGCCCUCUCCAGAGCAACCUGCAGCUGACAGCCAGCCAGCGGACACCAAGCCACCCAGCCCGUCGGAGGAGCAGCCAAAACCCAGCACGGAUGAAGAGCAGCAGGCAGACAGCUGAUGGUUCAGAAGAUGAGACGGCGCAAAGAAAGAGUCAGCUUAAAGAGACUUGAUCCAACUGGGGAAGGGGCCAGAAAGAGAAAUGGCAAAGAUUAGAUUUCUAAAUUAAAGAAAAAAAUCAGCUCCUA